GUUUCAUGUCCUCCUCUUUUGACCCUCUCCUCUUUUCUUCCCUUUCUUCUUCUUCUUCUUCUUCCUCAUUACUAUAUCUUCACAUCACCAUUUCCAACGAAGCCAGAAGAACCUCUCAACUAGAACCCAAAACAAAGAGACGAAAGUGAACAGAGGAUUCUGGAGAAGCUAAGUAACUACUAACUAACAACAAUGGAGAAGAAGCAGGCCAUGUGGUUGUACCCAAGGCUUCAUGGAUUCAACCCUCCUGAGAGAUGGGGUCACUCUGCUUGCUACUCCCAUGGCUCUCUCUACAUCUUUGGGGGAUGCUGUGGAGGCCUCCAUUUCAGCGAUGUUCUAGUUCUAGACCUCCAAACAAUGUCGUGGACCGCCAUGGAAACCAGAGGGCAAGCUCCAGGUCCCAGAGACAGCCACAGUGCUGUAAUCCUAGGGCGAAGAAUGAUCGUUUUCGGAGGAACCAACGGCCGAAACAAAGUCAAUGACCUCCACGUCCUCGACCUCGACACCAAAGAGUGGAUAAUCCCACAAUGCAUUGGGAACCCGCCUUCGCCUCGCGAAUCCCACACAGCAACCAUCAUUGGAGGUUCCAAGAUGGUGAUUUUCGGCGGGAGUGGAGAAGGCGAAUCGAAUUACUUGAAUGAUCUCCAUGUGCUAGACCUUGAGGGCAUGGUUUGGGUCGCCCCUGAAGUUAAAGGUGAUAUUCCUGUCCCUAGGGACAGCCAUUGUGCCGUUGAGAUUGGGGAGAGCAGCAACAAGCUUCUCGUUUUCGGUGGGGAUCGCGGCGAUAGGUACCAUGGCGAUGUCGAUCUCUUCGACAUGGACAGCCUCACAUGGUCCAAGCUAGUUGUUGAUGGGUGUUCUCCUGGAGUGCGAGCAGGGCAUGCUGCUGUGAGUAUUGGAACAAAGGUUCUUGUGAUUGGAGGGGUUGGAGACAAACAUUACUACAAUGAUGUUUGGGUUCUGGAUACAGCGAGUUCUUGCUCGUGGACCCGGCUAGAUGUUUGUGGACAUCAUCAGCCUCAGGGGAGGUUCUCUCACACUGCUGUGGUCACUCCUUUUGACAUUGUCGUCUAUGGCGGGUGUGGAGAAGACGAGAGGCCACUCAACGAGCUGCUGCUCUUGAAUUUAGGGGCGCAUUCGAACAAUCUCGGCCACAAGAUCAUCCAACAGAAGCCCUUCUGGAUGAGAUCAGCAGAUACGACCAAUCCGAAGAGGAAAAGGAUGAUGAAUUCAAAUGCUUCAGCACGCUGCUGGGAGGUUGUGGAGUCACCAUCGCAGCAAGAGGAGCAUUCACUUUCGCUGUCUCAACAUUCCUCCCCAUCACUAUCUGAUCAAGAACAGGCCUCGACGAAGAAGAGAGCAGCCAGCGAUUCCUUCUCGAGCUUGUUCAAGCAAUUGAAUCCGCCUCCAACGAGGAUUCACCACCGCACUGCAAACAUGAACGACGUGCCAAGUACUAGGAACAUGAUGGAAAGAGCAAUCUCGUACAACGCUGCAGAGCAGCAGUUUCUUAGGAGGAAAGCAAUGCUGCUGUCUCCUCCAGAUCAGCAGAAACCAAUGGAACAACAGAACCUGAUUGGAGCCGAGGUACGGGGCAAGGUGGACGGAUUGUUCGAUUCGGGGCUACUAAUGACUGCAAAUGUGAAUGGGAGGAUACUGAGAGGAGUGUUGUUCCCAGCUGUAGGUUUUUUGUUUGCAUUUUAUAUACAUCAUUCACUAUCCAGUUACACAGACAUGAGGCCAAAUCUUCAUAUAUUUGGAAAGUUGAUUAAUGCUAAGUUGCUUUCUCACAGGCGCCCAUGGUUGGAAAUGGAGUAGGGGGAUGGUUGUCAUCUUCACCGUCAACAACAACGACAACACGAGGCGAGUUCUCUACUCGUGUGAACCAAAACAGAAUGCUCCAUCGACUGCCAUCAUCAUCAUCAUCGCAUUCGUUAUCAGCGUACCGGAAUCAGAAUCAAAAUCAUCGCCUCUUCGUACUGAGUAAUAAGCCUAGUGAAGAGGCAGGGGUGGGGCAGAGUCGAGUGAUGAACAGAGGAGGUGUUUACUAUGCAGAGAGUCAAGGGAGUAGCCCGGCGACAACAACGGUGGCGGGGUCCGGAGGUGAGAAGGAGAAGAAGCUGAGGAUGAUGGAUCAUCUUGAGGGUGUGGUGCUAACAUUAGGAGGACCAGGAUCAUCAUGUGGAGAUGGAGGUAGUUAAAAGAAGAUGGCUGAAUGGUCAAAAUGGGUGUUCUGUUAGUUUGUUUAGUGGGUUUUUUGCUAUGUAUAUCUUUAAGUAGGGUCUGCAAGUAAUCAAAAAGUUUGAAUCUUUAGCCAAAAUCAAGCCUGAUAAUGAAAGAGCAUGAAAACAAAAGAGCAAUUGGAAGGGGAAAGAACCCGUGGUUUGCGGGGGUCCUGUUCCCUUGUUCUUCUUCUUCACGAGUCCAUCUCCUUUGCCCUGAUGGGGCAGAUCUGCCUGUCAAACUUUGUUUUUUGAGAUGACAUGAUAGUGGGAGCUGAGUUUGAUUUUAUGAUUGAGUGAUUAUCAGUUGGAUAGAUAGAUAGAUGGGGCUGCUGUUUUGUCAUGAUUGAUUCGAUUGAUUGAAGGUUUCCAA